AUGCCGGAUUCUCACGUUUUUUUGUCCGGUCCCUCGCCGAUACCCUUUACCAAUCCAGAUGGUGUCCUGUCUACUCUCAACAAUUUCGCGGCAGUCAAGUACACAAAUCUGGCAUUUCUGGUAGUUUUGGUUUACGACCACGCACUGACCCUCCACGUCGAGGUCGACCGGAUAUGGAAACUGCCAUGGAAACUCCCUAAACUGGUCUUCCUGUUCGUACGGUAUCUCGCUCCACCCAUGCUAUGGUGA